AGAUGAACGAUAUACGACUGUGAAAUAGAAGACGGUCCUGCUGACAUUACUCUUUUAGAGGACAAAGGAAAGGAGACUUGUCUUCAUUAUCGCACCGCUUGAGUUAGUCCGCUCAUCUAGACAACGUAAGUGUAAAGUCACCGUUCCUGACAUGGCCAACCCUUUAAGGGGUGAGGUCAUAAGACUUUACAAAACUCUGCUGUAUCUUGGCCGUGAAUACCCACAAGGAGCAUCUUACUUCAGGGAGCGUCUGAAGUCAGCUUUCAUGAAGAACAAAGACGUAACAGACCCUGAAAAGAUUCACAAGCUGGUGGCCCGAGGAGAAUUCGUCAUCAAGGAACUGGAGGCUCUCUAUUUCCUCAGAAAAUAUCGAGUCAUGAAGAAGAAGUAUUAUGAAGAACCGAAAAAAUAAACUCUCUGACAAAAUACAGCUACAAUUAAGCAUUCUGCAAUGAAAAGCAGUCUGGCACCUCGGCAGUGCUCAGGAGGUGAUCUGGCUCCUCUCCAGCUACCAGACCAACUUCCAUACUUGGUCCGCACCAGGACUUGAACCGGCGACCCUCCGGUUCCCAACCCAAGUCAAUUGUUGCAGACAGUUAGAUCCUUUGGGAAAUUUUCACUGUCUAGUUAAAUGUGUUUUUAAUGAAGGGAGCUUAAUGACAUGUCCAUUUUGAAAAGAGUUUUCAGAUCAUGAAUACAGACAGUUUUCAUAGUUCUACAGCUGCAGAGCUGUACUUAUUCUGUGAAUGUGAGAUUGUAAUGAACUGUAAGUAUCAAAGCAGAUACUGUAUUUUGUAUAUCUGUGUUUUAAAUGUAUGGUCACACUUUUUUAAAGACUGAAUGUACUUGACUAUUAAUGCACUAUUAGAAAACAAAAAGUAUUUAUAACUGACUUCCUGUGUCAUAAUAAAUAUCCCAUGAAGUGAAAAUGUCAAGAUGAAAUAAGAUUUUGUAAUAAACAUAGUGGCCUGGAUGUUUAGAGUUUUUGUUGAGGUGAAACAUAUUUUCUACAUGUAUUUAGUGCAUUUUUAAACUGUAUAGAAAAAUAAUGAUAGCCUGUACAGCUGUUUUGCAUCUUAAUUUGUGUGCUGCCAGAUAAGCCAUGUACUUUUAUUUCAUCUAAUAUUAUAGCAAUGCAUUGAUGUUAUUUGUUCCACAUGAUAUUACACCUAAAUGGACUCUCUCACAGUAAUUAUGUGGAACUCUCAUUUACUCAUUUUAUUUUGAAAAGCAUCAGACUCAUUCACCUGAACGACUGAAUUAAGCCAAAUCACUAUGUCCUCCUUUGUGGUGAAGUACAGUGAACUGGCCCUGUGUUACAUUUAGAAAGAAGCAUUACUUAAUAAGUAACAACAAACUCUUAUGUUGUAUUUUUUUGAUUGAUAAUUUGACAUAUGUUUUUAUCAUUAUCACAUUGAGUGACUGUAGCUAACUUUUUUUAAGCAUUUUUGAGAUUAAGAUUUAUUUUGCACUAUUCAAUGACUGACUUGCUCCAUGAAGCUACUAGACCUUAAUUGAAAACAAUGAAUUGUAAAGGUUAAUAAAUAUUGUAUAUUGCACCUUUAAA